AUGCUCGCGCAGUCCCUCCCCCCCGACCCCUCCGUCCUCUCCGCGCUCCUCCGCGGCUGCGCCGCCGCGCGCAGCCUCCGCCUCGGCCGCGCCGUGCUCGACCGCGUCCCCGCGCGCUCCCCGCUCCUCUCCGACCCCUCCGUCGCCGACGCCCUCCUCCUCCUCUACUCCCGCUGCUCCCUCCUCGGCCCCGCGCGCCGCCUCUUCGACGCCAUGCCCCGCCGCACCGUCGCCUCCUGGACCACCGCCAUCGCCAUGUACCACGCCGCGGGCUUCCACCGCGACGCCCUCGACCUCUACCGCGCCAUGCGCACCGAGGCCGAGGCCGACCCCUCCGUGCGCCCCAACGCCUUCACCUACACCGCCGUCCUCAACGCGUGCGCGGGCGCCCGCGACCUAGAGCUAGGGGUCGAGGUCCACGAGGCGAUCCUGCGGGACGGGUGCGGCGCCGACGCGUUCGUGGCCGUGGCGCUCAUCGACAUGUACGCCAAGUGCGGCCGCGUCGCCGACGCCCGCCACGUGUUCGACGCAAUCCCUACCAACCCUCCAUCGGCCGAGGCGUGCACCGCCAUGGUCGAGGGCUACGCCCGCAACGGCGCGCCCAAGGAGGCCAUGGACGUGAUCCGAAGAGCACUGUGCAACGACAUCGAAGUGGGUAAUAAAAUGGGGUUCGCUACAAUGAUAAAACCAUGUAACAUGGAAACGGCACUGCGCAGUGGUCAAGAGAUCCACGCCCACAUCAUCAAAUCUGGGUACAAACCAGGUAUGAAAACCUUAAGCUUGCUUGUAGAAUUGUAUGUAAAAUGUGACCGGAUGGGUAGUGCGAAACAGGUGUUCGACGAAUUGGCUGUGAAGGAUGUAGGUUUGUGGGGGAGAAUGGUGGCUGGGUUUGUGAGAAAUGGGAUGUAUAUACAAGCCUUAGGGAUGUACAUAAAGAUGGUGUCUUUGGAUAUUGGGUUGGAUUCUUUGGUUGUUUAUUGGGCUAUAAAAGCAUGUGUUGGUAUGUUGGGAUUGGAAGAGGGGAAGCAAAUUCAUGGAAGGGUUAUUAAGAUGGGUUGUUUUUCGGAGGAUUGUGUGAUUGAUGGAGUUGGUGAGGUUUAUGGGAGAUGUGGGGAGAGUGGAGAAGCUUAUAAGGUGAAGAAGCUGAGAAAGAAUAGGAUAAAUGGGCUUUUGGCUCAGGUGAAUGUGGUGGAACACGGUUCUCAACAGUAG